AUGCCUCCUCAGGUGCUAAACGGCCUGAACCUCUCAGCCAAAGUCAUUCAGGGCACCCUAGACAGCCUGCCCCAGGCGGUGAGGGAGUUCGUGGAGAACAAUGCCCAGUUGUGCCAGCCCAAGUACAUCCACAUCUGCGAUGGCUCUGAGCAGGAGAACGGGCGGCUGCUGGAGCACAUGCAGGAGCAGGGCAUGGUCAGGAAGCUGAAGAAAUACGACAACUGCUGGUUGGCUCUCACUGACCCCAGAGAUGUGGCCAGGAUCGAAAGCAAGACGGUUAUCAUUACCCAAGAGCAAAGAGACACGGUGCCCAUUCCCAAAAACGGCGUCAGCCAGCUGGGUCGCUGGAUGUCAGAGGCGGACUUUGAAAAAGCCUUCAAUGCCAGAUUCCCAGAGUGCAUGAAAGGUCGCACCAUGUAUGUCAUCCCGUUCAGCAUGGGGCCGCUGGGCUCCCCUCUGUCAAAGAUUGGCAUUGAGCUGACGGAUUCGCCCUACGUGGUGGCCAGCAUGCGUAUCAUGACGCGAAUUGGCACACCCGUCCUGGAAGCGCUGGGUGACGGGGAAUUUGUCAAGUGCCUCCAUUCCGUGGGGUGCCCUUUGCCUUUAAAAAAGCCCUUGGUCAACAACUGGCCCUGCAACCCGGAGCUGACACUCAUCGCUCACCUACCCGACCACAGAGAGAUCAUCUCCUUUGGGAGCGGGUAUGGCGGGAACUCGCUGCUCGGGAAGAAGUGCUUUGCUCUCAGGAUGGCCGGCCGUCUGGCUAAGGAGGAGGGCUGGCUGGCAGAGCACAUGCUGAUCCUGGGUAUUACCAACCCUGAGGGUGAGAAGAAGUAUCUGGCAGCCGCGUUCCCCAGUGCCUGCGGGAAGACCAACCUGGCCAUGAUGAACCCCUCCCUCCCAGGCUGGAAGAUAGAGUGCGUGGGCGACGACAUCGCCUGGAUGAAAUUCGACAAUGAAGGUAACUUAAGGGGUAAAUACUGCCAGCGUGGUCGGAGCUGGAGCCAAGGUGAAAAGUCCAUGGGUCAGAAACCUUACGCGGCUGAGACCAAGCCCCCGGAAAGAAAUGCCCAGUAG